CAUAAUCAAGGACAAAUAUAUAUAUACAUAUCCAUAUAUUUUAUUUGUAGGCCAGAGCCUCCACAAAAAGUUCCCUCCGCACCGCCGCCACCUCCUCCUCCACCACCACCGUUGCCAGAACCGACCCCGCCGGAACCAGAGGAAGAAAUUCUAGGAUCCGAUGAUGAGGAACAGGAAGAUCCUGCAGAUUAUUGCAAAGGUGGCUACCAUCCAGUGAAAAUUGGAGAUCUUUUCAAUGGUCGAUAUCACGUUAUCAGAAAAUUAGGAUGGGGUCACUUCUCUACAGUCUGGCUAUGCUGGGACAUGCAGGGGAAACGGUUUGUCGCAAUGAAAGUUGUGAAAAGCGCUCAACAUUAUACGGAGACAGCCUUGGAUGAAAUAAAAUUGCUGAAGUGUGUCCGUGAAAGUGACCCUAACGAUCCAAAUAAAGACAUGGUGGUGCAAUUAAUUGACGACUUUAAAAUUUCUGGCUUGAACGGCAUACAUGUCUGUAUGGUUUUUGAGGUACUCGGACAUCACCUUUUAAAAUGGAUAAUUAAGUCCAGCUAUCAGGGCCUUCCGAUCCAUUGUGUAAAAAGUAUAAUAAAACAGGUAUUGCAGGGUUUAGAUUACCUCCACAGCAAAUGUAAGAUCAUUCAUACGGAUAUCAAACCAGAAAACAUCUUGAUGUGUGUAGAUGACACCUACGUGCGGAGAAUGGCGGCGGAAGCUACUGAGUGGCAGAAAGCAGGAGCCCCUCCUCCCUCUGGCUCCGCAGUGAGCACUGCCCCACAACAAAAGCCUAUCGGAAAGAUAUCUAAAAAUAAAAAGAAGAAACUAAAAAAAAAGCAAAAGAGGCAGGCCGAGCUGCUAGAAAAACGUUUGCAGGAAAUAGAGGAACUGGAGCGAGAAGCGGAGAGGAAAAAAACAGAAGAAAAUGUAACCUCUACUACUCCGUCCAACAAACAAGAGGACGGGUACCAUCCCGAAGUUAAACUAAAAACUGUAGAGUUAGAGGAAGUGGCAGACGAAGAACCUGGGAACGAAGAAGAUGGAGACACAGAAGACCAAGACGAGAAAGACGACACGGAAAAAGAAAAAGACACGGAGAAGGACGAGGACCUGGAACAAGAACUGGCCAAUUCAGAGUCCGCGGAUCCCGCUUGGAUAGAAUCUCCCAAAACCAAUGGCCACAUUAUAGAUGGCCCUUUCUCCCUGGAAGAGCAGAUUGAGGAGGAAGAGGAAGAGGAAGAGGAGGAGGAGGAAGAAGGCCCGAAUGCCGAGCAAUAUAACCUCGAUGCGCCCGACGCGAAAAGCGAGUACAGCUACAGCAGCUCUUACGAACAAUUUAAUGGCGAAUUGCCAAACGGACGUCAUAACAUUCCAGAAUCACAAUAUUCGGAAUUCUCCGCUUCGGCGUUCCCCGGAGCUUUAGAUUCCAUCGCUUGUGGUUUGGCGGUUUCUGAAGAGUCGACCGUAACCGAAAGAGACGGAAGCACUCCAUCCCACGACAGGAGCAGGACGGUUUCAGCAUCUAGCACCGGAGACUUGCCAAAACUGAAAACUCGGGCUGCUGAUUUGCUGGUGAAUCCUUUGGAUCCGAGGAACGCCGAUAAAAUUAGAGUUAAAAUUGCCGACCUGGGCAAUGCUUGCUGGGUGCAUAAACACUUUACGGAAGAUAUCCAGACCCGACAAUAUAGAUCGAUUGAAGUUUUAAUAGGAGCCGGUUACAGUACACCCGCUGAUAUCUGGAGUACAGCAUGUAUGGCCUUUGAAUUGGCAACCGGAGACUAUCUCUUCGAACCGCAUUCUGGCGAGGACUAUUCGAGAGACGAGGACCACAUAGCACACAUCAUAGAGCUCCUCGGGAAUAUCCCAAGGCACUUUGCUCUCUCUGGAAAAUAUUCUCGGGAAUUCUUCAACCGCAGAGAUCACAUAGCAUUGAUCAUUGAACUGCUGGGAAAAGUCCCUCGAAAACACGCAAUGUUGGGGAAAUAUUCCAAGGAGUUUUUCACCAAAAAAGGAGAACUUCGGCACAUUACCAAACUGAAACCCUGGAGCCUGUUUGACGUCCUGGUGGAGAAAUACGGCUGGCCGCAGGAAGACGCGGCCGAGUUUACCGAUUUCCUGAUCCCCAUGUUGGAAAUGGUUCCGGAAAAGCGAGCCUCGGCUGGCGAAUGUCUUCGGCACCCUUGGCUGAAUUCGUAGCAGCGGCCUGGGGUCGAACACGUCGGGCCAGGCCCCCCCCCCUCCUCCACCGCCACUUUCUCGCGCAUCAAACCUAAACGGUGACUGUCAUAAAUGCUCUUAAGAGAAUGGUCAAUGAGCUGUCUUCAAUCCAAGACUUUUAUUUUUUACUUUGAGGUACCGUUUGACUUUUUGCUUUUUCGUGCACUGUGUUCUGGGGGGGGGGGAGGAGGAGAAAGGAAGAUGGCCUAUUUGUCUUCAACUAGUAGUUCUACUGACUAUCUCCUGUAAAAAAAAACACACACACAUACACAAAACACCCCACUUAACUCUUGUGUCUUUAAGCAUUGUUUCUUGUGUUGUGUGGAAUUCAAGCAUUGACUUUUGGAGCCGCCCGACUCUUCUUCCCAUAAACGUGUUUUUAGGGCAGGUUUGUAACUAUUUAUGGAAACUAUUUUAGCUGAAUAUUCUAUCAUUUACCAGUGUGAGACGUUGAUUGAGUCCGAGUUUGGAAAUGUACAAUUCUUAUUUUUCGAGCAAAAGGGACCUUGUUCUUGUAAAAUAGCGUUAUGUAAAUGCACCCUGUAAAUGUUUAUUUCCAUUAAAAACAAACAAAAAAACAAAA